CGUGUACGUUGGUCGCCGGUGCGCGUGGCAAUUGCGCGAGCGCGCAUGCGCUACCACGUACUACCGUUGUGACUGACACUUGGCCAACGGGACCGACCGUCCCGACCCGACCGACGCUCAUUGUCAGCCCCGAUCGCGCUGUUCUCCGGCGAACUGCAGUGCCUUUCGUACAGCGUGUCGUCUCUCUCUAUCUCUGUCUUCCUCUCUCUUUCCUCUCUCACUCUCUCCUCUCUCUCUCUCCUCUCUUCCACUCGGUGCGUGUGUGCACCUUUACGUUUACGUGCGUGUUUGUAGUAACGUUUGUGUGCGUGCGCGUACGUGUGUUUUGUCGCUGGUACUCUGGCGUUUUGCACGCCGCGAUGUCGUCCGGCAGCUGGGAACUGGUGAGCAGGAAGAAGGACAGGGGCAACGACAAGUCGAGCAAGCUCACGAGGGCCGAGAAGAAGAAGUUCAUCGAGAACGCGCCGAAGGUCGAGGACUUCCUGCCGUUGAGUCAAGUGAAGACACUGUACGACAAUCUGGAUGGAAACAAGGAGAAUAAGAAGCCUGCCAAGACACAGGGGAAAGAGCACAAGACGACCAAGGAGAAUGAGGACAAGAAAAAGCAGCAGCAAAAACAACAGCAGCAUGUUGAGAAGAAGAAACAAGAGCCAAAGGAGAAACCUCCAAAAACCAUCAAGGAUGCAUUGAACGCAAUUAAUGCGGAAGAGCUGAAUGAAUUUCUGGCCACCGCGCAAGUCAGAUUUCCCGAGGCCCCCUUACUCUGGCUGAAGGAGCUCAAUGCCUUCCUCAACAUCAAGAUACCAAUCAACAAGGAGGACGCGAUAUUCUCAGGAAAACCCAAGGAUUACCCGUUAAGUUUAGUACCUAAGGCGAUCUCUUCCAUACUGGAACGCGCGGUGGAGAUGACCGGCCAGCAGACCAUACAAAUUUUUUACGAGAACACCCUCACGGCGAUGGCCACCGACAUGGUCAAGGGCAUCCCCGUCGUCGGUCACAAGAUAUUUUUGCAGCUGCUAGCGCACCUGAAUCCCGAGAUAACCGCCGCCAACAUUCCCAAGCUGAUUAACAUAAGGAGCUCAUACGAGAACCGGAAGAACGUCGGCCUGUCGCUGCUGUGGGCCUGGUCGCAGGCCGGCAAGCGGGAUCUCGCGGUCGGCUUGAAAAUCUGGCACGAGGUGAUGUCACCGAUGCUGGAGACGAAGGGCUACGCCAGCUACGUCGUGCAAAUCCUCAACGAUCUCGUCUUCGGGCACGACAACGUGCACGAUCUCAGUCUCGAUCUGUACCUGAACAUCAUCAUGGACACCUACUCUCAACGAUUUCAGAACAUUCAGCCCGCGAAUCUGGGGAAAGACCUCAGCGCGAGUAUCGACAAGUUGAGAUCGAUACUGUUUAGGAACAAAGACAUAUGUUAUACGAAAUUGUUUGAAAUGUUGAUGGGGAAAGUAUCGCCGAAAUCGGAUCCGAACUACAGGCACGAGCUGAUUAAGGUUCUCGCGGACUGUCUCGUCACGGAGCCUCUCUGUUUCACCAUUUGGAGUUCCAUUUAUACCAAGAAUCUAUAUCAAUCCAGUCUUCUUCUGUCGUAUAUUGAUACGAAUUUACCUAGUUUACAAACUAAGUUCAAAGCUAAGCAUUUCAAGGAAACCCUCGGUAUUAUCCAAAACAAUAACGAAAAGUGGAAAAAGGCCAAAGACGAAAACCUGGCGGUUACAUGCAAGAAAACGUCUCAGGCACUACUGAAGAAAAUGACCUCCUCCAGUCGCGGCUUUCCAUGGAGAUCCACCACUCUCUUUUUAUUGCUGCUAUUCGGUGUUAUAUCGGUGGCAUACGACACACAGAAACAUGGCUCCUUUGAGGAGUCCAAAGUUGGAAAAUUCUUGAAAACUAGCGGAAUAUUGACACAUGUAAAAAGCGCAUGGGAUACUAUAAAGUUCUAUUGGUCCUCAGGACACAAAGCAAUUAAGGAUAGCUCACCAGAAUAUUACAAAGCCGUAGUAGACUUCUGUGCACCGUACAUAAAAUUAGCUGGCGAUGUCUGCCUUGUAGUACGAAAUGUUUCUAUUAAACAGUAUAACAAUGUCGCAGCAUAUAUCGAAAGGAAUGUACCCGUAGUUGUUGACACAAUCGAGUAUUACGCUCCGGGGAUCUUGGAGCAAAUUAAAUCACGGAGUCUUCAGGGACUGGAGUUCGUGAAAGUUUCCUUCGUUCUGAUUGGAGAGAAAGUUAUUGAACAUUCCAGCUUAGCGAUACAGUGGCUGGAGAAGAACGUCUUUGUGGGCAAGCUCAGCCCGGAGAGUAUCCGCGAACAAUUAGUAUGGCCUUUCAACCCGAAUAGCUUCUCCACUCUUCGCGAUUACUUAAUAUGGCCUUUUUCGCCGGACAAUCUCUCCAGUUCCGUCGGAUGGGCUUUAGACACGACGAAGUCGUACGUCGCUCAGACGUUCGACUGGGUGUACGAGAAAGUGCAGACUCUCUCCAAAGUGCCAUGAAUAAAAUCCCAAUGGUUUUUUUUGCUGUAUGAAUAAUCAUUGCGUCGACGGCGGUGACCUUCGCCUCCCCACGCGGCUCGGCAUUUAUUAUUAUUUAUGACACGGAAGCGUUACAUAUAUAUUUUUUCGAAGAUCGCGAAUGGCGUCGGCCAUUUUACCUGUGAUAUCUCGACGAGAAAAUCUUGUUUUGGUUGGCCCUGACGGAGAAAAUUUCGCGAUCUUCUGAUCAACUGGUACAAUUGCGGACGCGGUUUUUAUUGAGAUAUAUAAAUAUUUUUGUGUCACUUUCUUUGAAAAUUAUUAAUAAGUAAUAUAUAUGUAUAUGUAUAUGUAUAUCCAAACAACACACAUUAGGUCUAUUGUACGCAAAUCGUUGAACGUGCGAUCUUUAGUAUUUUGUAUUUUUCAUUUAUAAUUUUGAGGAUUUUGAUUGAAUAUAUAUAUAUUCGAUUCCAUUGAAAUGAUCGAAUAAAAAUUUUUUCAUAACAGCUCUUCUUGUAAAUGUAGUAAAGGAGGAACUCUACUACAGGUAGGGAAAAAAAAUGAUUAUACGGAAAAAUCACUUCGGAAAAAAUGGGUCAGAGUAAUAACGCAGCAACAACGGUGAUAUUUUUAGGAAUAGCAGAAUAGUAUUAAUAAAUAUCGCAAUAUAAUAAUAAUAAUAAUAAUGAAAUGAUGGUAAUAAUAGCGCGAUAAGAUGCAAUGGAUGAAUAUGAGAUAUGAUAAUAUAAUAUAAUUUUAACAAGAAUAUAUUAAAGUUUUACAUGGGAAGAGAGAUCUGUGUGGGCAGUGACAUUAGUCACUUUCCAUAAAGCCACGUAUG